AUGACGUCAACUGAAGACGAUGAUCCGUAUGCUCAAAUAGCUAGAUUACAUUCAGCAAAUUUACAAGCUGCUGAAUAUGGUUUAGCAUUGAUAGAUGAAAAAAAAAAUUUAGAAAUACAACAUAUUGAAUUAGAAAAUCAACAUGAAUUACUUAAAUUAGAAUGUGAACAAUUAAAAAGUCAACUGAAAACAAUACAAGCAAAUAAACGUGAAGAAACAUUAAAAGGUGAAACAAAUGAAGAAACACUUUUACAUGAACAACAAACACGUGAAGAAUAUUUAAUGAAAGAAAUAACUCGUCAUGAACAUGAAUUACGUUCAUUGAAACAUGAUAAUGAACGUUUAUUUACGGAAAAUGAAAAAAUUUCAUUAAAUUGUCAAGAAUUAACUGAACGUAUUCAUGAAUUAGAUGAAUUAAAAGUUAAAUUAAAAUAUGAAUUAAAAGAAACUAAAGCACAAGAACAAAGACUUAUUGAUGCAAAUACUGAAUUAGAAGAAGAUAAUGUUGCUUUACAACAACAAGUACAAAAAUUACGAGAAAAUCUUAUUGAUUUCGACGGAUUAAAACAUGAAAAUAAACAAUUGCAAGAAAAUAUUGAUGAUUUAAAUCGUUCGAUGAAAGAACUUGAAUCUCUAAAAGCUAUUGCAGAAUCUCAAUUAAUUGAAUUACAUAAUAAUCUUCGUGAUGAACGUGAACAAAAACAUAUAUAUAAACAACAAUUAGAUCAUCGAAUUCAACAAGAAUCUCGUCGAAAUUUAGAUACAUUACGUAUGACAUUAAAUGGUCAUAGUGGUACACAUACAGAUGAUGAUUAUAUAAUUGAGGGUGAUGAAGAUGAUAUUGAAGAUGAUGAUACAAGUCGUGUACCAUCAUCAACUGAAUACAGUGAUAUGCUUGAGAAUGAUCAACAAGAACAACAACCUGUUGGAAAUUUAUUCAGUGAAAUUCAUGGUAAUGAAAUUCGUAAACUUGAACUUGAAUGUAUUCAAAUAUCUCAAACGAAAUCAUCACUUGAUAAUCAAUUAUUAAUAAUCAAUGAAAAAACAAAGAUUCUUUCACAUAAAGUUCAACAUCUUAUAGAUAUUAUUUUACCAAAUAAACCGAAUUCAUCGGAAUCAAAUUCUGAUGAUACGAAUAAUUUAUUAAUAAUAGCAUUAGAUUCUAUUGAACAAAUCGAUUCAAUUAUUAAUAAAAACCUUCAUUUAUUUAAUGGUGAUCAAGAUUUAUUGAAAAAGAAAUCAGAUGAACAAGAACAUUUCAUUAUUAAAUUAAAACAAGAUAAUAAUACUUUAAUGAAACAAUGUAAUGAUUCACAGACAUUAUUCAAUAAAAAUUUUGAUUAUUUAAUGCAUUUAAGUGAAGAAUUUGGUACAAUUAAUAAAUAUAUCUAUAAUUCAAUUGGUUUAUCUGUACCAACAAAUGAUUUUGAAACAAGAAAACAACAAUUAUUAAAUUCAAAUAAUAAAAUUAUAGAUCCAUCAAUAAAUCAACAAAUCUUAGAUAUUCUACAAGAACAAGUUAAACAAUUUCGACAAUCAUUUGAUCAUGUUUUAACUAAUGUUAAACAACAACCAAAGGAACAAUUAUCAACUAGUGAAACAGCAAUUUCACCAAAUGAAUUACCUAAUGAUACAAAAGAAUUACAAGAUCAAAUUAUCAAAUUACGUUCAUUAUUAACAACUAAACGUGAACAAAUUGGUACAUUACGUACUGUUCUUAAAGCCAAUAAACAAACAGCUGAAGUUGCAUUGGCUAAUUUGAAAUCUAAAUAUGAAAAUGAAAAAUUAAUUGUUACAGAAACAAUGUCGAAAUUACGUAAUGAAUUAAAAUCAUUAAAAGAAGAUGCAGCUACAUUUGCUUCAUUACGUGCUAUGUUUGCUGCACGUUGUGAUGAAUAUGUAACACAAUUGGAUGAACUUCAACGACAAGUUCAUGCUGCUGAAGAAGAAAAGAAAACUCUUAAUUCAUUACUUCGUAUGGCUAUUGAACAAAAACUUGCAUUAACACAAAAGCUCGAAGAUUUAGAAAUGGACAAUGAACGAGUAACUACGACUGUUACAACUCCAAAACGAACUAAUAAUUUAAAUGCAAAUCUUCCAUCUACAAUAACAACAACACCUGUAUCGGCAGGAUCACCACUUGGAUUAUUAACAACAACUUCACAUAAUAAUCAUAAUAUGAAUAAUAAUAACAGCAGUGCUAAUAACAAUAAUAAUAAUAAUAAUAAUAAUAGUGCUAAUCAGAAUACUGGUAAUAAUGUACAAACACAAGAAAUACGACGUGGAAGAUUUAUACCACCAAGAGUAAGUUCUAAGGAUAAUAUAGUGUAA